AUGUCUGAGGAAGUUCAAAGCAAAACCACUAAGAAGGUCCCUUCUUUUGUAACGCCUGAGUUUAUUGAGAAACAGAGGAAGAAAAAACUUGAAAGACUUGCAAAGCGAGCAGCGAAAGGCGUUCCUCCUCCUCCGACUCAACGGCCCUUUAAUGAUGACUUUAUCAAGCGUCCUAUGCUACGUUUGCCUUCCUUUCAGCCCUUUGAAAAAGAUAAACAACCAUUGACGUUCACGGUUAUGUCAUACAAUGUUCUUGCACAAACAAACAUUCGACGCACUAUGUUCCCCAAGAGUGGAGACGCAUUGAAGUGGAAAUUUCGUUCCAGAAUGCUAGAGAACGAACUGCUUCACUACAUGCCAACUGUUGGCUGUAUGCAAGAAGUUGAUGCCGAGUUUGUUCCGUCUUUCUACCAAAAGGUUCUUGAGGAGCACGGUUACAAGGUGCAUUUUGUCCGUUAUCCCGGAAAAACUCAUGGCAUUUUUGUUUUUUGGUCUGCUAAAGUUUUUACUAAGGUGAACGAUGUUACCAUCUCCUAUGACGAGCAUGAUGAACUGCCUGGUCGUAUGCCUACCAAAAACGUUGGCUGCUGCGUUGCCCUACAACGUAUUGACCAACCGGAUCGAGGUAUUUACUUAGCUACAACUCAUCUUUUUUGGCAUCCUUUUGGCUCUUAUGAACGCUUGCGCCAAGGAGCACUUCUGGUGAAGGAAGUCAACAAGUUUGCUCAAAGUCAUCCUUGGCCUGUUUUCAUUGCCGGCGACUUCAACACAGAGCCUUAUGAUACAAACUUCCCAGCACUUACAACCCGCCCGCUCGAUAUUUCUAAGCGAUCAAUGGAUAUCAUUGAGCGCAGUAUGUCGUACGUUUUUGGUGCAGCUGAUCUAGAUGAAAAGAAUGCAGAAGAGAAAGCAUCCGGUCUUUCUAUAGAGUCGGCUGUUCCAGAGCAAGAAAGUGUGGACGUGGAAACGGGUCCGGAUGAUGAGACUUCAACAGAGGCUACACAAGAGUCAACGUCUUCAGCCUCUGUUGUCACAUUGGAGACACAGGUUUCGAAGGUGAAGAAGAAGUCUAAGAAGAUUCGUCAUGUACAAAGUUCCGACUUCCCUCAUUACGAUAUAUUCUUUGAUCAACACGCCAAGAACCCGGUGGUAAAAAGCUUGUACUCGUACGGAUACAAGAAGGUACAUCCUGGAAAUGCCGGUAAUACGUUUGAGCAUCCAAGCUUUACCAAUUGGGCCGAUAAAUACCGUGGUCAUUUGGAUUAUAUAUUUGUUAUGGAUCGCAACGCCGUUUCUGCACCUAAAACGGAGGAAGUGAACGACUCUGGCCGCAUUACGGAUGAUGUCCGCCUCGUCAGUUUACUACGUUGUCCUGAAAACAAUGAAAUGAAUGAGGCCGAGCCCCAAGAAGGACGUUUCCCCAGUGAUCACGUCGCUAUCAUGGCCGAGGUACAGGUUCUAUAA